AUGCGGAGGCCUGUUCUGAGCAGAGUGUACCUGUACAAGGGGAGUCACAGUGCAAACCCUCCGCAUCAACAGAGGGAAGCCAGUGGAGAGAAGCCCUGGAAAGAAGCUGUGGACAGGGCCUCGUUUGUGACCAGGUGCAGCUUCUCCUUAUCAGGGCUGCCUUCAACCAGUAGGGAGGUUGGGGGAGACUUCCCAGCCAUCUCAGAGCUUCUUCAGCACCAGGCCCCUCUCACCACUGAGGAGCCACACAGUGGCAGUGAGCACCAGAGAAUUCACACUGGAGAAAAACCGUAUGAGUGUAGUGAAUGUGGGAAAUCAUUUAGAAGCAAUAGUCACCUCCUUAAGCACAAGAGAGUUCACACUGGAGAAAAGCCGUAUGAGUGUAGUGACUGUGGGAAGUCCUUCAGCAGUAACUCUACUCUCAUCCAACAUAGCAGAGUUCACACCGGAGAAAAGCCGCAUCAAUGUAGUGAUUGUGGCAAGUGCUUCAGUGAAAGUGCUACCCUCAUUAAACACCACAGAGUUCACACUGGAGAAAAACCUUAUGAGUGCAGCGACUGUGGGAAAUCUUUUAGGCGGAAGAGUUACCUCCUCAUCCACCAGAGACUUCACACUGGAGAAAAGCCGUAUCAAUGUAGUGACUGUGGGAAGUCCUUCAGCAGUAACUCUACUCUCAUCGAACAUACCAGAGUUCACACUGGAGAAAAACCUUAUGAGUGUACUGAAUGUGGGAAGACCUUCCAUGUAAGGUCUUCCCUCACUAAACACCACAGAAUUCACACUGGAGAAAAACCUUAUGAGUGUAGUGAAUGUGGGAAGUCAUUUAGACGCAGCAGUCACCUCCUUAACCACAAGAGAGUUCACACUGGAGAAAAGCCGUAUCAAUGUAGUGACUGUGGCAAGUCCUUCAGCAGUAACUCUACUCUCAUCCAACAUAGCAGAGUUCACACUGGGGAAAAACCACAUGAGUGUAGUGACUGUGGGAAGUCCUUCAGCAGAAGCUCUAAUCUUAUCCAACAUAGCAGAGUUCACACUGGAGAAAAACCAUAUGAGUGCAGUGACUGUGGGAAGUGCUUCCGUCAGAGCUCUAACCUCAUUCAACACCUCACAGUUCACACUGCAGGAACACCUUAUGAGUGUAGUGAAUGUGGGAAAUCUUUUGGGCACUACAGUUACCUACUUAUCCACCAGAGAGUUCACACUGGAGAAAAACCAUAUGAGUGUAGUGACUGUGGGAAGUUUUUUAGACAAAAGGCUCACCUCAUUCCACACCACAGAGUUCACACUGGUGAAAAACCUUAUGAGUGUAGUGAAUGUGGGAAAUCUUAUAGACACAAUAGUCAUCUCCUUAUCCACCAGAGAGUCCACACUGGAGAAAAACCUUAUGAGUGCAGUGAAUGUGGAAAAUCUUUUCGCUACAAAUAUGCCCUCGUUCAACACAUGAGAGAACACACUGGAGAAAAGCUUUAAAUGUGCAGGGAAUGUGUUACUUUCUCACUCAGAAGAACAACACCA